AGACGUGACUAGCGAUGGAGCCUUGAUGGUGGUGUGAACUGAGCUUAGCCCUGCACACAGCAACGUCAUGUGUUUACGCCAUCGGUGCGACAAGGGUCCAACUUAGCGAGCCGAGGACGAGCUUUGCUUCCCCGCAACUGGCCUUCCCCGGAUGUCACGUAACUAGGUAUGUAACCGACGACUACUUAUAUCUACAAAACAACACACUCCUUCAGUUGAUCUUUCACUGCAAUCCUCUCACACAUAUACAUAUUCAUUCCUUUUACCCACGCACUCACACCACUCCACCACCAUCAAAACAACAACAACAAUGGCUUCUCCACCCACAGCCUCCACCCCCACGCUCCACACGCCCCUCUGCACCCUCCUCAAAAUACAACACCCCAUCCUCCUCGCCGGCAUGGCACACACGUCGUCCGCUCCGCUCGCCGCAGCCGUCAGCAACGCGGGCGGCCUCGGCACAGUAGGAGGGCUGGGCUACACGCCCGCGCAACUACGCAGCAUCAUCCACGAGCUAAAAGCGCAGCUCAAAGCGCCGACGCUGCCCUUCGGCGUCGACCUCGCGCUGCCGCAGCUGGGCGGCACCGCGCGCAAAACAAACCACGACUACACGCGAGGCCAACUCGACGCGCUGAUCGACGUCGUGGUCGAGGAGGGCGCGGCGCUGUUCGUGAGCGCGGUGGGCGUGCCGCCUGCGCGCGUCGUGCGCAGACUGCAUGACGCGGGCGUCGUGGUCAUGAAUAUGGUGGGCGCGCCACGGCACGCCGUCAAGGCGCUGCAGGCGGGCGUGGACGUGGUGUGCGCGCAGGGCGGCGAGGGCGGGGGCCACACGGGGGAGAUUGCGGGGGGGAUCCUGGUGCCGGCGGUCGUGGACGUGGCGAGGAGAUUCAAGGCGCCGUUGACGGGGCAGCCGGCGCUGGUGGUGGCGGCGGGGGGCGUGAGUGAUGGGCGGGGGGUUGCGGCGGCGUUGAUGCAGGGCGCGGUGGGCGUGUGGGUGGGGACGAGGUUCGUCGCGAGUGUCGAGGCGGGGUGUUCAAGGGCGCAUAAGGACGCUGUGGUGGGGGCUGGGUGGGGCGAUACUCUGCGCACGCUUGUCGUUAGUGGUCGCCCGUUGAGGGUCAGGUCGAAUGACUAUGUGAGGGAAUGGGAGGCGGGCGUCGUGCCGUUUGAGAAGGAUUUGGAGGAGGGGAAAGAUGUCGAUAUGCCGUUUUUGAUGGGCCAGGUUGCGGCGGUUAUUGCGGAUGUGAGGCCCGCGGGGGAUAUUGUGCGGGAUAUGGUUAGGGAGGCGGUCGAGAUGUUGAGGCUGGGGCAGACGUAUACGGUCGAGAAGAGUAAGUUGUAGGGGGUGGAUACCCGGGACAUGGAUGUAUGUACCCUUUCUUUCCUUUCUCGUUUUUUCGACGAGGUCACUCCUUAUCUAACUGCGGGGUUAGGUCGUGAGUGUUGCUGGGUAACACGUCUGAAAUUGAGUUAGCCUUUUGAGGUCUUCUGGCAUCACUUAAUGUUCAAAAA